UCAAUCUAGUCUGAGAGCGACUUUUAGGACUGAGGGACUACCGCUGUUGGACUCUUUGGGGGAAAACUUGUUUUUGCUUCUUGCGAGUCUGAACCUCUUUUUGUGGAAAUACAAGCUCUCCGCUCUCAAUCGCCUGGAAAGAUGCUGCUCCUACUACUGGGAAUCAUCCUCCUGCACGUCGCUGCUCUGGUUCUCCUGUUUGUGUCAACAAUUGUCAGCGUAUGGACGUCAGGUGACACUAGCACCUCAGACCUCUGGAUAAACUGCUCCACUGCCAAUGGAGGAUACCACUGUGACCCAGCAUCAACUGGAGAGUGGAUUCAGGCGGUCCAGGCUCUCAUGAUCCUAUCCAUCAUCUUCAGCUGCCUCUCUCUCUUCCUCUUCUUCUGCCAGCUCUUCACUUUGCAGAAGGGUGGACGCUUCUUCCUCACUGGAACCUUCCAGAUCCUUGCCAGUUUGUUCGUGAUGAGCGGAGCCAUCAUCUACACGGUGAUGAGUCCGGAGUGGGUGCCGGAGACAAACGCCUUCGGCUACUCCUACAUCCUGGCGUGGGUGGCCUUCCCUUUGGCGCUGAUCAGCGGACUCAUCUAUGUCAUCUUGAGGAAGCGAGAAUGAGCCAUCACUCCAUCCCAGUGUUCCCAGUAACCCAAUGCCCAACUGCAAGUGUCAUCAGUUCCCCUCUGAAGUAUAAGUUCUGAUGCCUAAAGUACCAAUGGCCAAUGGAGCCACCAGGCCAAUACACCCAGGUCACACCAAAGGGGGGUAAUACCAAAAAUCAACAUGCAAACAAACACAACAACAACCAAUACUGUCUCGUUUGAAAGUUGUAUAUAGUAUCUAUGGUUUAAAACCUAUUUAUAACACUUUUUACAUAUAUGUACAUAGUUUUUGUGUUGCUCUGUCAACAGAUACUUGUAUGAGCUUUGUUUUAGCUGAUUAAGUGCCUCAGUGUUUGUUUGUAAUGAUGAAAUAAUUAGAAGCUAUUUUGUUGUGUUUUCUUUUUUUGUUUUUGCCUUUUUUGUGUUUUGGUAACUGCCAAAGAAUCAGUAAAAAUGAAAUGAAAAAAAACUUCUUGAAGUAUAUUAACCAAAGUGCAUGUAUAGAAAUAGAAGGGUCAGGAGGAUUUUUUUUUUUUUUUUUUAAACAAUAGGCUUGCUUUACAAAAAAAAACCAGAGUGGUAACAUCCAUGGAUGUAGCAUAGCCACGAAAGAUUAGGUCCUUUUCUAUUUUGUGGAUUUGCAAGUUUCAGUGUUUUCAUUUUCGGUAUUUUUUCUAUUUCUUAUUUUCAACAAAAAAAAGAUGGUGCUAUUAUAUUUAUCAUUCCUAUUACUGAUAGCAAUCAUUUACAACAGAGUUAUUUUGUUAUUGUUUAGAGUCAAACCGCUUGCCAUUAAUUACAGUGAGAACCAGAGAGAUGUUCCACCUGUAUAUACAGUGCCUGACUGCUUCUUUUAGGGAACACGGCCUAUUUCACAUUGCAGUGUCUGACUUUUUUUUUUUCUUUAUCGGCUACUGUAAAAAAAAAAAGAAAAAAGAAUAGAGCUUGGGGUGGAGCAUUGAUGAAAUCAAAAGUCAUUUGGAACAUCAGUAUUUUUCUGCAAGAGUUAGAUCACAGUGAAAUUACUUUACAGAGGCUUCAUUUUUAGCUCUAUAGCUCUUACUUUUCCCUUGUUCUCAUGUCUGUGUUCACUUCGUGACCAUGGCUGUUAAAGCCUCAAGAAGUCAGAUUGCCUAUUUAGUCAAGUACCAUAAAUAAAAAAUAACACUGUGGGACAUUAUAGUCUGAGAAAAAAAAAA